AUGCCAUUAGAUCUGAAGCAAGCAGUUGAAUCACUUGGAGCAAAGUUUGACGCGUUACUUAAAGUACUUGUGGAAUCACAAGGUCCACCGGAAAAGGAUACUACUAUCACUGCUAUUGCUACCUCAUCAAAAUUACAGACACUGAUUGCUACCUCAUCAACAUUACAAACACUGAAAGAAGAUACUCUGACUACUACAACUACCUCAUCAACAUUACAGACAAUGAAAGAAGAUACGGUGACUUCUACAGCUGCAGAUAAUUUAGUUGUAAACACAGAAAGACAAUCAAGAUUGAAUGAUAUUGAGGAGAUUAUUCAGGUGUUGCCUAUGGACCAUAGUGAUCGGGCAGAGGAAUUUCCUAAAGAUGGUGGUCAGCUGAUGAGCAAAGAUGUUUUGGGUGGAUACAAAGAGCUAUACAACGCAGCAAUAAUGGGUGACUGGGAAGUGGCUAGUAAAUUUUUGGAGAAGAAUCCAGAAGCGAUUACAAAAGUGAUUGCUAUUGAUUCACGAACACUGUUGCAUGUAGCUGUAAUUCAAGGGAAUUCGAAGUGCAUUAAGGAGAUUGUGAACCGCAUGCCCCCAGAAAUCCUUGAAUAUAAAACAGGGAAUGAUGGUUGUACAGCGCUUCAUUAUGCUGCUAUGAAUGGACACGCUAAAGCGGCUGAGAUCAUGGUAAACAAAAACCCGAAAUUAACUCAGAUAGUGGAUAGGGAAAACUGCAUACCAUUUCAUCGUGCUCUAACAUCAGUUGUGGCUGGACAAAGAGAGACAGCUACAUAUCUUUAUUCCGUAACUAGACACGAGCAUCCAAGUCCAUUCUCUGGCGGCCAAGGUGAUCGUAUUAUAUUGCAUACGAUUGAUGCUGGUUUCUAUGAUAUUGCAUCAUCUAUUGUCCAGCGAUUUCCAGAACUGGUUAUUGAUCAGGCAAAGAAAGUACAGAUAGACCCAAUGAUUUUCAUGGCAAAGAAACCGUUUGCGUUUGCUAGUGGGGCUAAGCUUACAUUCUGGAAGCGCUGCAUUUACUCAUUAACUGAGCGGUUACACAAACAAAUAUAUAACGACAAAGUGAAGCACAAACAAGCCAAAGUCUUGGUUAAAAGUAUAUUUACACCACUCAAAGAAAGAAUGAACAAGCAAGAAAUAACUGAUUUUUUUGAUGGAUCUAAUAACGUCAUGAAGAUGGCUGUAAGGCACGGAAACGUAGAGUUUGUAGAGGCAAGUGGAAAAUAUAAAACUUCUGAAGUUUCCAAAUAUGAUUGCAAGGGUAAUACUAUCCUGCAUUAUGCUGCCAAGUUAGCGUCUUCUGCUCAGCUCAAUUUGGUCUCUGGUGCGUGUCUUCAGAUGCAACGAGAAAUGCAGUGGUUCAAGGAUUUCCUGCAACUACAAAAAAAUGCAAAUGGGGAUUCAGCACAUGAUAUAUUUACCAAAGAACACAAAGAGUUAAAGGAAAAAGGAGAGAAGUGGCUCAAGGAAACAUCAGGAUCGUGCAUGGUAGUAGCUGCUCUUAUUACUACUGUAGCAUUCACUUCCGCUUUUACUGUUCCUGGAGGCUACAUUAGUAGUGAUAAUAAUACCAGUAAGAACGGCAUCUCAGUAUUCUUAGAAGAGAAUUCAUUUAUGGUAUUCGCAGUGGCAGAUGCCUUGGCUUUAUUCUCUUCUAUCACAUCAGUAUUAAUGUUCUUGGCCAUAUAA